UUCAUAAUUAAGUUAGAAAACUAGACAAAUUAAAGAAAGAUGAGCUUCACAUGGCCAGGCAACGCCGCCGCCUUCUCCAUUUUCAUGUCCCUCACAUUGGUUACUUCCUCAAUGCCCCACAACGGCGAUUCCCACCUAACCAGCGGUCCAGCGGCUAGCCCUGCGGCGGCGGCGGGCGGUAGACACAAAAGCCAAUUACAGCAGUGGUACACUGACUCUCUGCCCAAAAACGUGACGGAGUUUCUGGACAACUGCACCGACCACAUGGCGCUGGAAUGUGCGGAGGAGGUAAUCGAUGCGAUACUGUGGAUGGGCUCCAUUUCCGACGCCUGUUGCACCGACCUGGUCAGCAUGGGCAUCGAGUGCCAGACUUCAUUGGUCAAACUCUUUGUCAACUCGCCUCUUCAGAAGGUCAACGCCCCCGCUGUUAUCGCUAAUGGUCAACAGAUAUUCGACAAUUGUACCCUGGUUGAUAGGAAGCGUCGCUAUGGGAACACACAAUAAAAAAACGCUACGUCAAUAUGAAUACUAAAGAUAUUUCCUACAGCGUGAUCGAAAGUGUUAGAUCCGGGGAGGGAACACCCUAUAAUGAGGAGGAGUUGAGCAUAGUAUGUAUCAUCUUUUACUUUUUAAGCCAAUGAUGUAAGCUUCAGACAUUUAUGUAUGUUAUAAAUUUUAUAACUC